AUGUGGAGACUGAAGCUUUCAGAAGGGGAAGAAGAUGAUCCAUUAUUGCUGAAAUCAUACAACAACCAUGUCGGAAGGCAGUUCUGGGAAUUCGUUCCAGACCUCGCCGGAGACAGGGCUAAAGUUGUUGAGGCUCGACGUCAGUUCCCUCAGAACCGCCGCCGUUUCGGAGCCAAACAGAGCUCCGACCUUCUCAUGCGACUCCAGUUCGCAAGGGAGAAUGAAGGGAGAGGAGUAGUGACGAAAGUAAAGAGUGAAGAAGAAGAAGAAGAAGAAGAAGAAGAAGAAGAAGGAAUGGUGAAGAGUGUAGUGAGAAAGGGGUUGAAGUUCCACUCGACUCUACAGCACCACACUGGGUUCUGGCCAGGCGACUAUGGCGGCCCUCUCUUCCUGCUUCCUGGUUUGGUAAUUAGCUUGUAUGUGACGUCGGGUGGCUUGUCUUCGGUGUUAGCUCAUGACCAGGAACAUGGAAUCGAGCUGCGUCGGUACUUGUUUAAUCACCAGAACGAGGAUGGAGGGUGGGGAUUGCAUAUAGAAGGGAGCAGCGUAAUGUUCUGCACCGUGCUAUCGUACGUGGCGCUCAGAUUGAUGGGCGAAGAAAUGGACGGAGGAGAUGGAGCGAUGGAGAAAGCGCGAGCAUGGAUCCUCGAUCACGGCGGUGCCGUUUACAUCCCGUCUUGGGGCAAGCUCUGGCUUUCGGUUCUUGGAGUUUACGAAUGGACUGGGGUUAAUCCACUACCCCCAGAGCUUUGGGUUUUUCCUUAUACUCUGCCAAUACAUCCAGGAAGAAUGUGGUGUCAUUCUCGGAUGGUGUAUCUGCCAAUGUCGUAUUUGUACGGGAAAAGAUUCGUGGGAACAGUGAAUCCUCUGGUAGUAAGCCUUCGAGAAGAGUUGUAUGUGCUUCCAUAUCGCAACAUUAAUUGGAAUCUCACUAGAAAUCUUUGUGCCAAGGAGGAUCUGUACUAUCCACACCCAUUCCUGCAAGACUUGUUGUGGGCUGGCCUCGACAAGGUUUGGGAGCCUCUAAUGGCGACAUGGCCGAUCUCCAAGCUCAGGGAAUCUGCCCUACAAACUUGCAUGCAACACAUCCAUUACGAGGAUCAAAACACCAACUACGUUUGUCUUGGUCCUGUCAACAAGGUCUUGAACAUGCUGUGUUGCUGGGUGGAGGAUCCGAAUUCAGAAGCAUUCAAGCGCCAUCUACCCAGAAUCAAAGAUUACCUGUGGAUAGCUGAAGAUGGCAUGAAAAUGCAGGGCCACAACGGUUCUCAAAUGUGGGAUGUGUCGUUUGCUGUCCAAUCGAUUCUUGCAACCAAUCUCUGGGAAGAGGAUUUCUGUGCUUCGAUGCUCAAGAAGGCACACGACUUCAUCAAAAGAACACAGACUGCAGUAUUGCUAUCUCAGAUGCCAGUGGGAACCGUAGGAGAUCCAAUUCCAGUUAGCCGAUUUUUCGAUUGUGGUAAUUUCAUCCUAUCCUUGCAGAAUGAAAAUGGAGGGUUUGCUUCCUACGAGCUUACAAGAUCUUACCAAUGGUUUGAGGCCCUCAAUCCUUCCGAAAUGUUUGGGGACAUUAUGAUAGAUUAUCAGUAA